AUGGACAACAACAACACCAACAACCAAACGAGACACUCUCGUCACCACCACUCCCACUCUCACAAUAAACAAUCUCUGCUAAGCGACGGCUCUAGAAUCGGUAACUACCAAAUCGUCAAGACGCUGGGUGAAGGGUCGUUCGGUAAGGUUAAGCUCGCCUACCACAUCACCACCGGCCAGAAAGUAGCCUUGAAAAUCAUCAAUAAGAAACUACUGACGAAAAACGAUAUGAAAGGGCGGAUCGAAAGAGAAAUCUCAUACUUGAGACUGCUAAGACAUCCGCAUAUCAUUAAGCUGUACGACGUCAUAUCCUCGCCUAACGAAAUCGUGAUGGUGAUAGAGUUCGCCAACGACGAGUUGUUCGACUACAUUGUCCAACGUGAUAAAAUGACAGAAGAUGAAGCUCGCAGGUUCUUUCAACAAAUCAUCUCCGCCGUGGAUUACUGCCACAGACACAAGAUCGUCCAUAGAGACUUGAAGCCGGAAAACUUGCUACUAGAUGACCAUCUGAACGUGAAAAUCGCAGAUUUCGGCCUGUCCAAUAUCAUGACGGAUGGGAACUUCUUAAAGACCUCGUGUGGGUCUCCAAAUUACGCAGCCCCGGAGGUCAUCAGUGGGAAACUAUACGCGGGCCCCGAAGUCGACGUGUGGUCCUGUGGGGUGAUCCUGUACGUCAUGCUGUGCAGAAGGCUGCCGUUCGAUGACGACUCCAUCCCUGUGCUGUUCAAAAAUAUUAGCAACGGGAUCUAUACCUUGCCAAAAUUUUUAUCAGAUGGGGCAGCAUCUUUAAUUAAGAGAAUGCUGAUUGUGAAUCCGUUGAACAGAAUCACAAUCCAGGAAAUCAUCCAGGAUGAUUGGUUUAAAAUAAAUUUACCAGAUUAUUUGAAAGUUAUUAAUGAACCGGAUAGUAAUAUUAAAAAUGCUCCAACUACAAGUACUACUACUACAAGUACUACUACUACAAGUACUACGAGCAAUUCGGAUUAUUCGGACCAUAAUGUCUUAGUAUUGGCUCAUGACCAAAUAGACGAAUCCCUGGUUCAUAUCCUAUCAACCACCAUGGGGUACGAACACGAUGAAAUUUAUGAAGCAUUGACAUCUCCAACUACCGAUAACCCACAGAUUAAUGAAAUUAAAGACGCUUAUUUACUGAUUAAAGAAAAUAGAGCUACUCUUAACGAAUUGAAAAUUAAACAACAGAAUGAUCAAAAUUCAAUGGAGAAUGAAAAUUUACAAAAUUUCUUGACUCAAUCACCUUUGGAACAUUCUAGUACGAACAUGAAAAGUACUAUAGACUCAACAGGGUCUGCGUCUCAUCAAGGUAUCAAUGCCACAUCUGCAACAACUCCAACAAAUGGGCUGAAGACUCCUGUGUUUGAUUCAGUUUAUUAUAACACUCAUGAAGAAAAAUCAACCAUUGCAAUCUUACCAACUUCAUUACCACAGAUUCAUCGUGCUAACAUGAUUGAGCAUGGCCUGUCGGUAGAUAAGAUCUCUCCAUUGACCACGAAGAAAUCAAAGACAAGAUGGCAUUUCGGGAUAAGGUCAAGAUCAUACCCAUUGGAUGUCAUGGGUGAAAUCUAUAUCGCUUUGAAGAAUUUAGGCGCAGAAUGGGCAAAACCUUCAGAGGAUGAUCUUUGGACUAUUCGUGUACGUUGGAGAUAUGAUCACAGUGUCGAAGAUAAAAACAAAAAAAUUCCAAAUUUGAUGAAAAUUGUAAUUCAAUUGUUUCAAAUCGAGACUAACAAUUACCUUGCAGAUUUCAAAUUCGAUGGUUGGGAACCUGUAGACAAUACAGAUAACAACAACACCAACGACUCUACUGGAACAACUUCAUCAGAAGAUGAAAUUAGUACUUUCUCGGCAUACCCAUUUUUGCAUAUGACCACAAGAUUAAUCAUGGAACUUGCCAUCAAUAGUCAGAACUCAUAG